AUGAGGGAGCGCGGAGAAGGGGGAGUCAAAAAAGGGCGGGCACAGAGGGGAAGCAAAGGAAGGGCGCAGAGGAGGAAAAGAGGGAGCAGAGGGAAAGGGGACACGAAAAGGGCCGAAAAGACCCACACACCGGGACGAAGGCCGGGAAAAGGGAAGAAGGGCCGGGAGGGCACCGGGAACGGACGCAGGGAGGGCAAGAAAAAAAAAAGGCGGAGGGGCGAACCGCAGCCCAAGCAAAGGGGGCAGAAGGAGGACGCGAGGGGACGCGGAGGAAAGGAGAGAAAGAAGAAGGAGGAGGGACAACAAAAAAGAAGACAGAGGCAGGGCGGGAAGGGAGAAGGAGGGGGCCACAAGGCCGGGAGGCAAAAAAAAAAAGGAGGCAGGAGCAAGAAAGGAAAGAAGAGAAAGAAGGGAGGAGGGAGAGGGGCGGGAGGGGCGCAAGAGAAAAAGGCGGGAGAGGCAAAGGGAGGAAGGGAGGAGAGGCGCGACAGGGCCGGACAAGGGCGGGAGGCAGGGAAAAAAAAGGAGGAAGGAGCAAGAAAGGAAGGAAAAGAAAGAGGGGCAGGAGGGAGAGGGGCGGGAGGGGCGCAAAGGGAAAAAGGGGGACAGGCAAAGGCAGCAAGGGAGGAGAGGCACGACAGGAGCGAGGAGCGGGGGGGGGCACGAGGGGGCGAAGGAAAGAGCAAAGGGAGAAGACAAAAGAAGGCGAGAGAGGGAGGGACCAAGGAGGGGAGGAAGACCAGGAAAAAAGGAAAAAAAGAGAAGGAAGAAAGCCAACCAGAGGAACGACGGGAGAGAGGGGGGGACAACAGAGAGGAGGCAAAGCACACAACAAAGGGAAGGGAGAACGACCGCGCAAGGGCCGGGGGGACAAGCAGCAGGGAGCGGGGAGCGGGAGCGGAGGAGACGAGCGGAGGGGACCAGCGAAGGGAGGGAAGGAGGAACAGGGGGGAGAAAAAAGGACCGCCAAAGGAGGAAAGCAAAGGAAGGGGGCAGAGGGGGCAGGGGGGAAGGGGGCGGGGAAGAGGGGCGAAGGGAGCCGGAAGGAGAGGAGGAGCCAGGGAACGGGGCCGGGAAGGCACCGGGAGGCGAAGGCGAAGAGGAAAGGCGAAGAGAGAAGGAGAACGACACCAGGAAGCGAAGGCGAAGAGGAAAGGCGGAAGAGAACGGAACCACAAAGCCGAAGGGCGGAAGCGCCGCAAACAAGAGGAGGAGAGAGGGAAGAGGGGAGGCCCGAAGGGGAGGGGGGCGCCCGGAGGGCCCGGAGGGGGGGCAACCAGACCGAGACAAGGAGGGGAGGGACAAGGAGAAGCAAGCGGGACGAGAGGAGCGGGCAGGGGGAAACGGAGAAGGACCGAGGGAACGCCGCACGGGCGGAGCGCAAGGGGGAGGGGGAGGAGGGGGGAGAAGAGACCAAGGGGGAACCGCGGCGGCGGCAAGGCGGGAAGGAGGGCCAAAGGGGGCAGAGGCCGGGGCGGAGCAGCAGGGGCCCGGGCGGCGGAACCAGGAGGCACCGGGAGGGACAACGGCCCACAAGGCGCGGGCGGGGCGGAGGGGGGGGGGCCGGGGGGGGGGGACGCAACCGGGGGGAGAAGAAGGACCGAGGGAAAGACGCAAAGGCAACCGGCAAGGAGCGAGGCAGGAACAAGGGCAAGAGUGGCACAGAAGAGAGCGUACCGGAAGAUGACGGGAAGCGAGUCGGUAGGGAACAAAAAAAGCAUUGGGACUAGGAGGCCUAAUGCUGGCGUCAUAGGCGCGGAAAUAAAUCGUAGGGUGAGAGUAGAAAAGGGCACAAGGCAAGACGUAAGAGACUCAAGUGAGCUGGGACCAUAG